UCGUACACAUACUCCUGAAAGGACCGAUUGUAUGAGUUGUCUCCCCAAUAUCAUACGAUAAAAUUAUUAUUAUAGCAUUGCGUAUAGUAACGUCAGCGCAAUGGCCAAUAUUUUAACGUUUCAAACACAAAUAGCUUCCGUUAUGGAAGUACUCGCAAACGCCGCUGUAGCAGAAAUUUGCCGACUUGUUGAGGACAGCUAUAACGAAUUACAGCUUGAAAUAUCACAAAGCCAAAAGGAAAACAACAUCCUUAAAAAGAAAUUAAAAAUGAUCGAAAUUCGGGAAUCGUUUUAUCGCAGAGCGCAUAAAUUAAGAAACGUGUCGACUGACUUCCCCAAAACUAGCGUAUACGGCAAAGUAUCAGGGCGGAUCGUGAGAGUUCAAGUUGGUUCACUGAACAAUGAGCGUAAUAAUGAAGAGAGAUCAUCCGACGAGGUCUCUGUUCAACCCGAAAUACUUGACCAGUCCAUAGGGGAUGAAGAUUCAGAUAUUCUUAUCAUUAAAGAGGAAAGACCUGACAACAUGUGUGAACAACCAGAUAGAGGAGCAGGGACCACUGAAAAUCAAAAAGAAGACACCCAGUACCGAAAUGCAGGAGGUUUUGUAACCGUCGACAGAGAUAACUUCAUAGACCAGAACACUACCAGUGUUCAACACUGCCAUCAAGAGACCAAUGGAAUGCAACCUGAUCUCCUUAACAAUGAAAACCCAGAAAUGACUGUAACAGGACCAGACACGCAUAUCCUUGGGGAUGAAACCGGAAUGCAGAGACAUUCUGAUGGAGAGACAGAGAAUAGCCUGCAUUCAGUCAACACCUAUGCCUCAUGGGAUGCCAGGACAUUUGACGUAACUACAAACAAUCCCUCCUACGCUGAAUCUGAAUGCAACGCAGGACCUUCUGUAAAUCGAUUUUUGAUGUACAGAGGGAGUGCAGAUCCCACAUGUUCAUAUGCAACUCAAUUGGACUGUAACGGACUGUCGAUCCAUGAUGUGGAGAGUCAUGUAGCACACAACGACGGAGCCGCUGGACUUGAGAAAGUGGUCAUUUCUCAGUCCGAAUUAUCCCAAUUUAGUUCAGACACUCCUCAGAUGCAAAGAAAGUUUAUGUGUAAACAUUGCGGAAAAUUUUUCUCUCAACCAAGUGCUCUCCUCCUGCACCAGAAGCUUCAUACCGGAGAGAGGCUUUACAGCUGUACACUCUGUGGUAAACGGUUUAGUCAGGCAUCCAGUCUCAAAAGGCACCAUGGCAUUCAUAGAGGAGAGAAGCCAUUCAGGUGCCUGCACUGUGGCAAGCAUUUUUCCGACCAGAGUAAUCUCAAAAAACAUGUGAAUGUUCAUACAGGUGAGAAACCUUAUGGUUGUAGCCAAUGUGGGAAAAUGUUCAAUCAGUCUUCUAACCUCAAAACGCACAUGAAGAUCCACACACGUGACAAGCCUUUCACGUGCGAGCGAUGUGGACGGAUGUUUGCGUACAAAUACAUCUUGGUGAAACACCAACAGAGAAACUGUAUGUCUCAGCUAAGUCCUGCUGGACAAAUAUAGACUUUGGUCAAAAGGUGGGGAAGACUCUCCAAGGCCAUCUUUCAAUUUAUUUAUGAUGCAGGAGUUUAAAGUUUGCUAAUUAAAUUUCAAACACAUUCACACUGCUGGGACAUGGUGGCAAUUUGUAUUACAUUUAAUGUGUAUUAAAAUUAACAUAAGAUGACCUUAA